AUUGAAAGAAACGCGUUAAAUACUUUCUCAGUACAGUCUGAUCUGAUCUGAUCCACCAGCCGCAGUCAUGCCCACCCUAACACUCUCUCUCUCUCUCUCUCUCUCUCACACACACACGGGUCCGGCCUAUCAGUGUCCGACCCCCUGUCCGCGCCCUCAGAGCCAAUCACCCGCGGCCGCUGGAAGUAGGACAUGCCGCUUCCUGGUUGCGGGUUUAAGGAGGAGCCGCCGGAGUCCGUCAGGAGCGGAUCAGAACCAGCGAACCGGCGCGGGACCACCGGCAACACAUAGACACUGGACAGAUAGCCGCUACCGAAGACCGAACCGUGGAGCUAGUGCCGUGCGCGCGGGCGCGACGCGCGUCACAAUCAGGAAGUGCGCGAGCCGGCGGUCAGGUGGGACGCGCCGCGGCGGGGGAAACUCAGGUGACAGCAGCUCAGGAUCAGCUCAGAGCACAUCAGACAGACAGACAGACAGACAGACAGAAGCGUCUGUGAGUUUAUGGACUGGAGGUGGCGAUGUCUCCAGGAGAGGACGGUCUAAUCGGGAUCCCCUUCCCGGAGCACAGCAAUGAGCUCCUGUCCCGUCUUAAUGCUCAGCGUCGGUCAGGGCUGCUCUGUGACCUCACACUGACCUCACGUGGUACGCGAUACCCAACGCACCGGUCUGUCAUGGCCGCCGUCAGUCUUUACUUCCGCCGUCUGUUUGGGGCAGAGGAGGGCGAGGAUGGAGGCGAGGGCGUGGGCGACAGCUGUAGUGUUUGCCAGCUGGAUUGUGUGUCACCGGACGCACUGGCGGCGCUGCUGGAGUUCGCCUACACCGCGACGCUGACGAUCCGCAGCUCGGGCAUGAGGGAGGUUCUGAAGGGUGCACAGCUGCUGGGCAUUCAAUGCGUGGCAGACGCCUGCAGAGACAUCCUGGGCGAGUCGGGCGAUGAUCUGACAGAUGCUGUAGAGGAGGCGGAGCACUUGCCAUCUCGCCGCAAACAGGGCCGAUGUUUCGUGACCAGAGCGAUAUCUCCUGUGAGACCGGCAUGGCGGAGUUCUCAACCCGAAAUGGUACUGGCAUCUGAGGACACGCCCGAGUACGGGCUGCUUCCCACACAAGGGCGAGAAGGACACCCGCCACCCAUCACGGGACAGAACCGAGGUGCACAUGAGGGCCACCGAGAGGUGCUAAUGAACGGAGGCAAGCAUUGGCCACAAGAGUCAACCCUGAUCCCUCACCGCCCUGAAGAUACCCCAUCAGAGGAGGAGGAGUCAAGCAUGCAAGGGCAGGCCACACCCCUCAACAACCAGUCACAAGCCGAUGGAGCUGGGGGCGGAGCAACAGUGGGAGGCGGCAGGAAAAGGAAGUCUCAGACACCACAGCAGUGUCCCGUCUGUCAGAAAAUCAUCCAUGGGGCGGGAAAGCUGCCACGGCACAUGAGAACACACACAGGAGAGAAGCCCUUCCAGUGCACAGCCUGCGGCGUCCGUUUCACACGGAACGACAAGCUGAAGAUCCACAUGCGUAAGCACACAGGUGAGCGGCCAUACCCGUGUCCCAGCUGCCCCGCCCGCUUUCUGCACUCGUACGAUCUGAAGAACCAUCUGUCGCUGCACAGCGGAGAUCGUCCUUUCGAGUGCCCACUUUGCCACAAGGCCUUUGCCCGCGAGGACCAUCUGCAGCGCCACAGAAAGGGCCACAGCUGUCUGGAGCUCCGAACCCGUCGCCCGUGCCGUGGAACAGGGCCAGAAACCGGAGACUCCCCACCCUCUGAUUUAUUCAGCAUUCAUCAGCAUCCCGAUCACAUGAGCGGAGUCGCAGCUGCGCAGCUCCGGUACCCACCAGACCCCGAAGGCCACAGUGUGCCGGUGCAGGCCGUGCCACUGCUGGGGGCAGCUAGGAUGCCCUACCCUGAGCUGCUGUGGCGGGCAGUUGGGGCACCAGCGAUUAAAGUGCUGGAUAAAGGUGAGGGAGAACAUAGAACAUGGAAAGAUGAGGAUGAGGACGCUGGUGGGGAGGAGGAAGAGUGAUAAUGCUGGUGUGUGUGUGUGUGUGUGUGUGUGUAACAUUGUAUAUCAGUUGUAUAAUCGCAUCUGUUUCUGUACCUGCGGUGGAGCCCAUCAGAACUCCAUGCAGCAAACUGUAACAUUUAUACAACAGCAACACAACAUAAUACAACUACAAGCGUGGGAAAUGGUGAAACAUGGUUUGGAACUGUUCUAAUAGUACUAUCUCCUGUAUUUUGUUUUAUUUGUCAUAUUUUCUUUGUUUUUGCAGUAUGUAUGAAUCCACAUCGAGCGCUGUUGGAGAUCCAUUAAUGUAGAAUUGUUUUAUGUUCUGUCUGGAGGACUUGAGGUUUAUGUUGUUCAUGCUAUGCAGAAUUUUAACGAGAGAGAGAGAUUGAAUAAAUCAGGCAAAAAAUAAAUAAUAAAAUUAAUUAAGAAUAAAAAUUAAGCAGCUAAAGGUGACAAAGACGUGGCCUUCUGUCUACAGUACAUACCGCCAUCUACAGGUGAUGACAGGUGCUCAGGGUAUCAUGAAGAUGAACUGCUAUCUGGUGAAGAAUUUAGUUUAGCUGCUCUUAAAUGUAGCUUUAUUUUUUAUUUUUACAAUUCCUUUUCAAAUGAUAGAAUUUCCUCUCACACCAAAGAUUAAGUUUAGUUUGGAAUUAAUUGAGACAUUAGAGAUGCAUUUUUAUCAGGAGAAUAUAUAUUUCUCAGAUAGUUCUAGCCUUGAAAAAGUCUUAUUUUAAAAAGAAAGACUGAAAGUGGACCAGAUCUCAGUUCUUACACCUCUGAGGACUUGUGUUUAAUCUGCUCUGUUGGACAAGAGCGCGUGGGCCUUGUGAAUCUCAAUCGGAAAUGUUUGAUGAUUUUUGUUUACGUUUGUUCUGUUUUUGAGUUUGAGAUGCUGAAUUUAGAGGAAUGGUCCUAAUUUUCCAGUGCUAGUUUUCUUUGUAAAAGAAAAGGGAAUAUGAGAAAAAAUUCUUUUGUAUACUAUUCUAUUUAUUUAUUUGUUGGUUUAAUAUUUAUUGCAGCGUUUGGGUUAUUCUGCAUCUUCCUUAUGAAGCUUCUCACACGCUUCUAUCAGAGUCUUAAGUUGUUUUACUUCUCUUUCUUUAUCGCUGAGACUGGUGACUGCAGUCAGUUGACUCCUUAGGCCUGGUCUAGGAUCAGUUUUGCCUUUUUUCUCGUAAUGGCCUCAGGUAGAUGCAGUGUGACGUCUGAUCUCUGGACAGUGGCUGCUGCCGUUCAACUGGAUGUCAGUUGCAUCCCACUUAACAUCACUGUACAUGUGUAAAAGCGCAUGUAAGCGCUCAGGUGCUUUAGAGAACUGCAAGAUUGAUGGGAUUUUCUGCAAUCUCCUCUGUUUGCAAAGUUUUGCACAUCGAAUUUCUGAAUUAAAGUAAAAUCCCCUCCAGUGAGGGGCACAAAACACAGAAUGAAUAGAGGAGUUUUGCCUUUUUAACACAGAUGCAUUUAGAUGUUUUUGAAGAAAUAAAAUCAAAUAUAAUAAAUGAAUCAUUCGCAUUAUAUGGAAAAUGAGUCUGUAGCUUUAGUCGCCUUCAUUUCGCUGCAGGAGAGCAUUUUGGCUCUUUGAUCAAUUCUUUAAAGUAAUCUAUAAGAGAGAGACCCUGAUCGAAAGUGCUGCACGGGAAGCAUUUCGCAAUGCAUUCUGGGUGUUUGAGUCUUGUGUUUGUUAGUGUACUGCUGACAGUAGGGAAACUACCCAAAGAGGUUUAUUUGCACUAAAAAUUGAAUCUUUGUGUUUUGAAAUAUUUUCUUAUUCAUUAGCCACCACUUAAUGAUUGUAAAUUGUCAAUUUCUUUAAAAAAAAAUAAAAAAUAAAAAAAACUCUGCAUUGUAAUAUUAAGAAAUUGUCUAUCUGAAAUUUAUGAUGUAAAAAGGUCAAGCUGCCUUGGUUUAAUUUUUUAAUUUUAUUUUUUUGCAUCUAUUCUCAGGAAAUCGUGAGCCAUGCACUGGUUAUGCAAAUGUUUGGUGAAAUAUUAAUUUAUUGUAUAGAUUUGUGCUUGGAAAUAUGAAUAGCCCUGUUAGUAAGAAAAGCCUAGUUUCCUUACACUUUUAAAAAAAAUGUAAUUGUUUAGUAAUCGAUAUGAUUAAAUCAGAGUUGUUUUAUAUGAAAUGAUUUGUUUGUUUUGGGCACAUGCGGAGUGCUGUUCUGUUCUUACUAUAGAAGUGAAUGUAUGGAUGGGUGCUGAUUUGGGCUCUUGUGUUUUUGGGUGAUGGGGCUCCUGGUGAAACCCCCUUCAAUCAGGGAUAUACGUUUUCUGUUUAUAGAGUGAAAACUUUCUCAGUGAUGGAAAAUCAUUUCUCGUGUUGUACAAAUAAAGAGCAAAUAAACAAAGAUUUAUCUACA